UCCAACAAUGUACUUGCACCGAUUAUUUUUAAAUUAGAGUAAAUCCGCAUUCAUGUAUGUGUAUAUAUACGUACAUCAAGAUUUUGACGAAGAUUAAAGGAAGCAUUUACAAAAAAUUAGCAGAUCAAGAGACUUCUGAGGAUUAAGGAGCGCAAAAUGUCCACAGAAAGUCUAAACCGCUUGAGUGACAUUGAAUUACACAAAAGGCUGAUUGACAGCGGUUUCCCAAAUAUACCAGUGACUGAGACGACGCGAGCUCUUUUAAUUAAAAAACUCAAGACGCAUGCCAAAACCGAGAAGCUGCUGAAAAGGAAAAAAGUAAACAACUUUGUACUCUACUCAAAGGACAAUCAAGACCCUUAUGCACAGACAACAGCCAAUUUAAGCGUACCCGGAAGUUCGUCUGACAAUAAUAAUGACAUCAAAUUAAGCAGAAAUAAUCAAGGAUCAUUUUACAAUCACCAUUAUAUGGAUGAAUCUGAUACAAAUAUCCCACAUAAUAUGAUCACGACGCCGUCGUCUGCAUCGAGAAUGUAUGCUCCCCCGCCGGUCUUGGCAUCCAAUUACGAUAAUGACAAUGAAUGCGAGCCCCCACCGCACACACUGAAUAAUAUGUCCAAUAAAUACCGCAAGCCAUGCUCUAUGCCCUGCUCCAGCUCUAAUCCAGGAUCGCCAUCUGUGUCUGUGGAUGCUCCCGGCCCAUAUGUGAGCAAGCCAUCAAAUGGAAAGCCUAAUCUUUCAGAGGGCGGUGUUGUCAACAGAUUGCUUAGUUUUCGUGAUAGCACCAUACAGAGGAAAUUCGGUUAUUCUGUGCAUGUAGCAAAGCUGCCAGCGCCCGCCAGGAAUGGCGGUAAUAAUAUUAAACGAUUCAUGAUCUCCGAUCUGAAGGCAUUUUUUCGAAAACCCGAUAGCAGUCAGUACAUAAUACCGCAAGUACUAAUUGCCUUGUUCAUUAUAUUUCUGUCAAUAAUAACGGUUUUGUAUGUGGCUAAGAAAUUCGACAAAAGCCCGAUCGAUCGAGCAGCGGUAAAUUUCAAACUGUGCAGUAACAACAAUGAAGGAAUUCAAUUGUCGACGGCCAACGAAAAGGUCACAUGCCUUGGUAAUGAGCUAUUAACCAGCGCCUUGGCCUUUAGUGAGGUACUUUUCCAAGAACUUAACGAACGAGCACAGAGAUUUCACUGCCAGCAUGAAGAUCUGUCACCCACCAUUGAAGUGAAUGAGUUUGUUCGUGAAAUCACAUCUAGAGGCAAGAUGGCAAAAUCUAAUGUGCAAAGUAAUCUCUUGGCUUCAACAUAUCUUAUCAGUCAAAAUCCGCAAUGGAUGAUUCGGAUGACAGACUCAGAUCAGACAUCGUUUGAGCUAAUACAACCCAGUUUGCCGCUCAAAUGCAUUAUUGUGAAGAAAAUUACGCGCUUCUUUACAGUAUUUGGAUUAAUUAUCCUUGUUGUGUUGGGUCUGCUUCUUGUCUAUUUUGCAAUCGCAUUUUAUCGGGCCAGACAAAGGGAAAGCCUAUGUGCAGCGGAACAAUUGACCAAAGAUAUAAUAAACGAAUUAGUCUAUCAGAGUUCGAUAUCAGAGACACCGGAGAUAAUUGUAAGUCAACUGCAGGAGAAGUUGAUACCACCCAACAGGCGAUCGAGAUUGUUGUCCGCCUGGAAUAGGGCUAUCAAGAUGCUGGAAACUACUGACAAUCGUGUACAUUUCGGUUUGAUAUUGCGUGACGGCAAACAAUUGCGCACCAUCGCUUGGAGUCGUAAAGUGGAUAAAAAGAAUUUCGGUACAGUUAAGAAAUGGCAGAGUCCAGCAUUUGAUAACUCGAACAAGAUAGCUAACCCGCCGACACCCUGUCUAAAAAUCAGACACAUGUUCGACGCAUCCGAGGUGGAACAGCCAAAUUUAAAGCAACUAAUUGUCGAGUCGAUUUUCGAAAAAGUUGGUCCUCGCUGUAAGAUAUGUGAUGUCCAAUUGGAUACACAAUCCUGCUGCGUCUAUAUCCGAUGCGCUAGCGAAGCGGAUGCUGGAAUGAUUCACAACGAGAUCAAUGGAUGGUGGUUCGACAAACGAUUGAUAUCAAUCAAAUUCUUAAGAUUGGAACGCUACUUGUGUCGGUUUCCAAAACCCUCCGGCGAACCCUUAUUAUAAGGCCUCACGAUGUACCCAAGACUCACUCAUAAAAACUAAAAAAACAAUUUUUUAUCAUGUAGUCAGAUACUUAAAUUAUUAAAUGCGAAUUUCUAUUUUACUUGUA